CUUAAUAUCAAGAGUCGCAAACGUUACUAAUUAUGAGACAAACAAAUAUAUAAAUGGUUAUUUCACUAUGCUAAAAUAUUUGUUUCAUGUUUUUGAUGAUAUUUGACAUCUACUGUUGGUAUCAAGAGAAAUAAAAUAAAUAGUUUGGUUUAGCAAUAACGUCGCUGUUGAUUAAGUUAGGUAAUUGUGUUUCUUAUAACGUUGAAAAUGUCUAAACACACCUUAAAAAUAUAAUUUAUCCAUCCACGGUAUGACAAAAAUAAAAAUUAAUUAAGUGGUUAAUACAUUUUACAAACUAUGGAAAACACAAUUAUCUAAGUUAACUAAUAGCGACAUUAUUGCUAAAAUAUCAAAAACAAGAAACAAAAAUACUAUUAUAGUGAAAUAAUCAUUUACACAAUUGUUUGUCCCAUAGCUUGUGAAGUGUGUACCUUUAGAAAAAUAUUCUGGCUUAUCUAGAUUAAUUAUUGACUGAAAACUUUUACUUGAUUAUAACGCUGUUUUAAUUUAAUUUUAAUAAUCAGAAGGGGUAAAAAGACAGUAACCAAAUGCAUAUAAAAAUGAAAUAAUUUCAAAAAUAAAUUAAAUAUCAGUUGAAUUAUUGAAUCGAGCAAGUAUACAAGUAGCGCUCCUGUGUUUGGUUCAAAGAACUACUUGCUAGACGCCAUCUGAGAAAUGCGAUGCCCUACUUAGCAACGAAAGUUAGCCACCCCCUGACGUGGAAUUAAUGUCGGUAUUAUUAAGAAAACCGGUUUGCGUUCUAGUCAGGUUACCUAGGUACCGUUAUUCAGUCCGGCUUGUAUCCCGAAUACGUGUCAGUAGUACACAGUCGUUGAGAUCAACAAACGGUUCUUGUUGGGCCAGUCUCAAUAAGCUUCCCUUAUAUAACAGAAACCUCUCCGCUUUUAUAAAUAAACAACUACCAUAUAUACCAGGUGCCAACUGUUACAGUAAUAUUGCCGCAAUCAUGGGGAAGACUGAAAUAGGGCAACUACCAGAAAAAAAGCCCUUUGAAAGACUACCCAAAAAUGUUAAACCUCUUCAUUAUGAUCUUCAAUUGAAACCCAACUUAGAAACUUUCGUGUUCGAGGGUAAAGUUGGAAUCAAACUUCAGGUGAACGAGCCCACUUCAAAAAUAAUUUUGAAUGCCUUAGAACUUGAGAUAAAGUCAUGUUUUUUACUCCUGGAAAAUGGAACUGAAUUGAAGCCAAAGGUAGAUUUAUCGAUAGAAACAGAGACAGCAACGCUGACUUUUGAUCAAGCGAUUCCUGCAGGGAUUGCCCAUCUGACGAUUGAAUUCAAAGGAGAAUUAAAUGACAAAAUGAAAGGAUUUUACCGCAGUAACCAUUCUAAUCUGGAAGGACAGAAGUGCUAUUGUGCUGUGACACAGUUUGAAGCUACAGAUGCCAGAAGGUGCUUCCCUUGUUGGGACGAACCAGCAAUUAAAUCUGUAUUUGAAGUAACAUUGAUCGCUCCAAAAGGGAAUGUUGCUCUCUCUAAUAUGCCUGUAGUAAGCGAGUCAGAAGAUGGAGAUUGUAAAGUUGUCAAGUUUGCCCCUACUCCGAUCAUGUCUACCUAUCUUGUAGCAGUCGUCGUUGGAGAUUUUGCUUACGUUGAAGAUACCUCUUCUGAUGGCAUCCUAGUUAGGGUGUAUACGCCUCCCGCAGUUAAAGACCAAGGACUUUUUGCUCUUCACGUCGCCACGAAAGUGUUGCCAUAUUAUAAGGAAUACUUUCAGGUGGCUUAUCCCCUUCCCAAAAUGGAUCUGGUUGCUAUUGGAGAUUUUUCUGCAGGUGCCAUGGAGAAUUGGGGCUUGGUUACUUAUAGGCAAUCAGCUCUGUUAGUGGACAGUGAGAAUACAUCCGCAUCUCGUAAACAGUGGGUUGCAGUGGUCGUUGGUCAUGAACUGGCUCAUCAAUGGUUUGGAAACCUUGUAACCAUGGAAUGGUGGACUCACUUGUGGCUCAAUGAAGGUUAUGCUACUUUUGUCGAAAAUCUCUGCGUAGCGCACCUUUUCCCGGAAUAUGACAUAUGGACUCAAUUCGUUUCCGAUAUUUAUACAAGAGCAUUAGAGCUGGACUGUCUCAAGUCAAGUCAUCCAAUUGAGAUUCCAGUUGGGCAUCCAUCUGAAGUCGAUGAAAUCUUCGACGAUAUAUCAUAUAGCAAAGGUGCUUCUGUUAUUAGGAUGCUACAUCGGUACCUGGGAGAUAGUGAUUUUAGGAAAGGGAUGAACACCUACUUAACUCGUCAUCAAUAUAGUAAUACAUUCACCGAAGAUCUCUGGGCUGCUCUCGAAGAAGCUUCGAAAAAACCCGUUAAAGAUGUGAUGUCCACUUGGACGAAGCAGACCGGUUUCCCUGUGAUCCGGGUCACCGAAUCGAAACAAAUCGGAGAUGUCAGGGAGUUGACUCUUGCACAAGAGAGAUUUUGUGCAGAUGCGGAUACUGCGGGUGAUUCCAGUUUAUGGAUGGUCCCGUUGACAUUUUCGACUAAAUCCAAGCCAAACGAUAUUGUUCAUUCUUGUGUGUUGGAGACCAGGAACGGUAAAGUUCAAGUACCUGCAGCUCCUGACGAUUGGGUCAAGAUAAAUCCAGGAACUGUUGGUGUUUACCGAACUCAGUAUGCGCAAUAUUUAUUAGAUCAAUUUAUUCCUGCAAUACAAGACAAGUCACUACCUCCCCUUGAUAGGCUAGGUAUUGUAGAUGACCUCUUCGCUUUGGUUCAAGCUGGACACUGUAACACUGUUCAAGUCUUAAAGGUGAUUUCGGCGAUGAAGGAUGAGGAUAACUAUACCGUUUGGUUCAGUAUAGGAAACUGUCUGUCGAAACUAAGAGUUCUCAUUUCGAAUACUGAUUUCAUGGACAGCUUUAAGAAGUUUGGAAGAGAUCUUUUUAAACCAGUGAGUCACAGAGUCGGUUGGGAUCCUAGACCAGAUGAAAGCCAUCUCGACAAACUACUCAGGUCUCUUGUGCUUGCGAAAUUAGGAAGUUACGAUGAUGCAGAAACUAUCGAAGAAGCUAAAAGGAGAUUUGCAGACCAUGUCAGCAAAAAAAGUAUCAUUCCUGCGGACUUGAGAGCUUCUGUAUACCGAGCAGUUCUCUCUGUCGGGGAUGAAUCAACAUACGACACCAUGAUUAAGAUGUAUAAAGAAGAAACAUUGCAAGAAGAAAAAGAACGAAUUUCCAGAUCCUUGGGUGCCUUUAAAGAUACCAAGAUAUUAUCCAAAGUACUUGACUUUGCGAUGUCUGAUGAAGUUCGCCCGCAGGACAAAGUGUUUGUUAUAAUAUCUGUGGCGUUGGACAAAGGUGGCCGAGAAUUGGCCUGGGAAUUUUUGAAGCAAAACUGGACUGAUCUACAUAGUAGAUAUGAGGGAGGUUUUCUCAUGGCUCGCCUUGUGAAGAAUACCGUAGAAAACUUCUCUACUUUUGAAAAGGCAGACGAAAUCGAAAGCUUUUUUGCAUCAAGAGAUACCAGCUGCUUGGAUCGUAGCAUCAGCCAGGCUGUUGAAUCGGUCCGUUUGAACGCUGCAUGGUUGACCAGAGACCGAGAUAGCAUCAGGCAAUUCCUCGAAAACCAUAAAUAAUUUACUAACGUUACCAACUCUCAUCGAAGUUCGAUACUGCAUUUGCUAGUAGUACCUUUUCAGUUUUGCUUAAAAUACGUUAAUUUUGUUCUUACAAUUGAUUGGUCUCUAUUGUUCUAUUGUUUAUGUGCUGUUAACGAAAACAAUUUGAUGUAGAAGUGGAACCGCAAAGUUCUGGUUCUUGUUACUUCUGCGAGGUCAAAAAUAAAUGUUGGCUUAAAUACGUUGUUCAUUGUUUAUACGUACAUAACGUCAUAGGUCAUAACAUAUAAGGUAUAAGUUUAAUUUGUUCGAACUACUACGUAAAGAGCUAUGAAGUGAUAACAGUGGUUUGUACAAUGAAGUUGUAAUGUACUUAUCGUUUUAAAAUAAAACAGUUAUCAGUUUAGUUACAUUUUGAAACCACUGAAAAAACAAAACAAUAACGAGUUUUUAAAAAAAUGUACCAAUUCUUUUAUUUUUAAUUAAAUAGUUAGAUAACAAUUAAUGAUCUAAAGGUGAGUUUCGAUUCUGAUAAUUUAAGAUUUUGUAUUAAGUUCUCACAUCCAUUUUAUAUGUAUAGACUGUUUAUAGUUUUCAGAUUAGUAACGCAAACUCUGAAGGCAUUUUUUAAAAUUCAGUUUUUUUAUCGAAAUAAUGCUUGCUUAAGUAUUUCUAUUAAAUCACUGGCCAAAGGAUUUUUCCUAAAAGUAAGUUACCACUGGUUUUUAGGUGAAUUAGAUCAUGUCUCGAUAUUUAUUUAUUUCAUUUAUUCAGGUUUUAUAGAUCAUCUGGAAAUUUUUUUUCUUUUCUAUCUUUAGUUAUGUUAUAUUUUCUAAUGGACAUAUAGAAAAAUGUAAAAAAAAACAAAAAACUACUUAUCAUACAUUUAUUCAUAAUAUUUGUAACACUUAUUACUACAUUUUUUACUGUAAAUGCAAGACUGGGCAAAAAAUAUUUGUAAAUCGUAUCGGAAUAACCAUAUUCUAUAUUAUAUGGUAAAAAUGAUAAGAAAAUUUAUUAAGUUUAUAAUAAAGCAAUGUCAUGGUA